AUGCCCGUUGUCAGCGUCGAAGACCUCGUCCGUCUGCAGCGGAAGCCGGACGACAUUCGAAAUAUAUGUAUCCUAGCGCAUGUUGAUCAUGGAAAAACAUCGUUGACAGACAGCCUCAUCGCCACGAAUGGCAUCAUCUCGCCCAAGCUGGCGGGCAAGAUCCGCUAUCUGGACUCUCGUCCAGAUGAGCAGCUGCGUGGGAUUACCAUGGAGUCAUCUGCAAUCUCUCUAUUCUUCUCCAUGAUGCGCCGCUCUGCUCCAGAUGCCCAGCCCGAGGCAAAGGAGUACCUCAUCAACCUGAUUGAUUCUCCUGGACAUAUUGACUUCAGCAGUGAAGUAUCAACAGCUUCGCGGCUCUGUGACGGAGCAGUUGUACUGGUUGAUGCUGUAGAAGGUGUCUGCAGUCAGACAGUCACUGUUUUGCGCCAAUCCUGGGUUGAGCAGCUGAAGCCGAUCCUGGUCAUCAAUAAAAUGGACCGACUGGUUACUGAGUUACAAAUGACCCCUGCAGAAGCCUACUCUCACUUGAGCAGGCUCUUGGAACAGGUGAAUGCUGUUAUUGGUAGCUUCUAUCAAGGAGAACGAAUGGAGGAGGAUCUCCAGUGGCGAGAGCGUAUGGAGGAGCGUGUCAAUGCCGCAGCUCAGCAGAAACAAGCACAGGACGGUGAAUCUGCUGAGGGAAGUGUUGACGGGGCUCAAUAUGAAGAGCGUGAUGAUGAAGACCUCUACUUUGCUCCUGAGAAGAAUAACGUUAUCUUUUGCAGUGCUGUUGAUGGCUGGGCCUUCACCGUUCGGCAAUUUGCGGCCAUCUAUGAGAAGAAGCUAGGAAUCAAGAGGGCUAUCCUCGAGAAAGUCCUCUGGGGAGACUACUACCUCGACCCUAAGACGAAAAGAGUUCUAGGCCAGAAGCAUCUCAAAGGACGAGCUCUGAAGCCCAUGUUCGUGCAGCUGGUUCUGGAUAGCGUUUGGGCUGCUUAUGAGGCCACCACUGGAGGUGGUAAAGGGAAAGGUGAUCCUGUGUUGCUGGAAAAGAUCACCAAGUCCCUGGGAAUCAACAUUCCUCCGUAUAUUCUCCGGUCGCGUGAUCCCAGAAACAUCAUGACCACUUUAUUCUCACAGUGGUUACCACUCUCUACAGCUCUUUUGGUGUCAGUCAUCGAAUAUCUUCCUAGUCCCCGCGCAGCUCAGGCAUCUCGGUUACCGCCAAUGAUCGAGGAGUCACCAGGGUCGAAGUACAUCGAUACUGCGGUAAAGGAUGCUAUGGUUCAGUUCAAGACUGGCUCAGACGAGCCGGUCGUGGCGUACGUUAGCAAGAUGGUCUCCGUCCCUGAGAGCGAGCUAUCCUCAAGCAAAAAGAAAACCGGGACUAUGUCCGCGGAUGAAGCCAGAGAAAUAGCUCGGAGAAAGAGAGAAGAGAUUGCCAAGAUGCAAGCUGAAGCAGGCACGAACCAAGAAGAUGACUUUUCGCGAGUGACAUCUGCGUUUGAGCGGGUCCAGCUAGACAAUGCCGAAGAAGCAGGCGAGCCAGAACAAAAGGAAGACCCCGAGCACCUCGUUGGAUUUGCACGUCUCUAUUCCGGUACGCUCUCUGUUGGAGACUCCAUCUACGUCCUACCGCCCAAGUUUUCGCCAGAGAACGCUCACGCGAGCCCCGAGCCGCAAAAGGUCACUGUCACAGACCUCUAUCUGCUCAUGGGACGAAGCCUGGAGCCCCUCCAGUCUGUUCCUGCAGGAGUCGUUUUCGGGAUUGGAGGUCUUGCCGGUCACAUUUUGAAGACUGGCACCCUCUGUUCGCAGCUUGAGGGAAGUAUCAACUUGGCUGGUGUCUCUUUGGACACGCCGCCAAUCGUGCGUGUGGCCCUGGAGCCCGUUAACCCAUCCGAUCUUAGCAAGAUGGUCACCGGGUUACGUUUACUUGAGCAGAGUGAUCCUUGCGCGCUAUACGAAGUACUUCCCAACGGUGAACAUGUGAUUCUGACCGCGGGUGAACUGCAUCUUGAGCGCUGCCUGAAGGAUCUCCGUGAACGUUUCGCCAAGUGCGAGAUUCAAACCGGCCAGACCAUCGUCCCAUACCGGGAGACCAUUGUUAACGCUCACGAUAUGGCUGCUCCAAAGAACCCAGACCUAGGAAGAGGAGGAGUCCUGACCGUCUCUGCCUCGAAGCAGUUGACGAUUCGACUACGGGUCGUACCUCUACCAGAAGUCAUCACGGAGUUCUUCACCAAGCACGUUGGAACUAUUAAACGCCUACAAUCCGAGAAGCGAACCAGCAAGGGUGAGGGUGAAAACAGUACCCUCCCAUCUGACAGUACGCAGCAGGAUGAAGCCACCGAUGCCGUGGGUGACGCAAGAGACGUCUCUCUGCUCUCUCUCGACGACUUCAGGAAGGAGCUCGACAAGGCGUUUGGAGAAGUCAAGGAAGACAAGGAAUUGUGGCAGGACGUCGUCGAUAAGAUCAUCGCCUUCGGCCCACGACGGAUAGGCCCCAACGUCCUCGUUGACGCAACGGCAGUCAACACCUGCGAGAAAUUCCUCCUCGACGACCCCAAACAGCAACCCAGCGUCCUCCCGGAAAACGCCAGCCGCGACGCCCUCAUCGUCCGCGACUUCUGCGACAAAAUCACCUACGCCUUCCAGCUCGCCACAGCGCAGGGCCCGCUCUGCCAGGAGCCAAUCCAGGGAACAGCCGUCUUCCUCGAGGAGAUCCAGAUCAACGCCGGCGAAGACGAAAUCGAUCUCGGCCGUCUGACAGGUGAAACAAUCCGCCUCGUCCGCGAGAGUAUCUCCCAGGGCUUCCUGGACUGGAGUCCCCGAAUCAUGCUUGCCAUGUACAGUUGUGAGAUCCAGGCGUCUACCGAAGUCCUCGGCCGCGUCUACGGCGUCAUAACCCGCCGCCGAGGCCGCAUCCUCUCGGAAACAAUGAAAGAGGGAACCCCCUUCUUCACGAUCGUCUCCCUCCUCCCCGUCGCCGAGUCCUUCGGGUUCGCCGAGGAAAUCCGCAAACGGACGUCUGGCGCCGCCCAGCCGCAGCUUAUCUUCGCGGGCUUUGAAGCACUCGACCAGGACCCAUUCUGGGUUCCGGCUACGGAAGAAGAACUCGAGGAUCUUGGGGAGUUGGCGGAUCGCGAGAAUGUCGCCAAGAUGUAUGUUGAUGCUGUUAGGGCACGCAAGGGGUUGUUUAUUGCGGGGAAGAAGUUGAUUGAUGCGGAGAAGCAGAAGACGUUGAAGAAGUAG